AUGAGAUUCGUGCGCCAAGUGUUGGAGGUCAUGGUUCCUCAAUCGGAACAAGACGAUGAAACUGUAGAUGUACAGAGAAAGGAUGAUUUUAAACAUGUUUGUUUUAAUGUGUUCAGGGUGGACGAAGGCUCACUGAUUCCACCGAGUAUUGCAAAAUAUGCAAAAGAUAAGUUAUUCACCUUGAAGAGCAUUCAACCGUUAUUAGAUAAAGCUCGAUACGGAAUGGCUCGCAUCGGUCAUGAUGAGGGAACUGGUACUUGUUUCUUUUUGUUGCCGAAUACAGUCAUCACGAAUACGCAUGUGAUUGAUUUCAAAUAUAAACCUUUCGUUUUUAAAGAAGCCUUAAAGGAAACAAUUGCUUCAACAACUAUAAAACUAAUUGAAGAACAAGUGCUGUUCUCAGGAAAAAACAUCCCUAACGCCAUGAAAAGGAAGUACAAUCACAUGGAAACCCAAAAGUAUUUCCCAGCAAUUGAAAAUACGUAUCAAGAUCCCAUUCUCGCAAUGGAAGGAGAUUUUGGUUUCUUAGAUGUUUCGCUGCAUCAACUUGAAUUAGGUCCUAACAAUAAUGAGGAGGAGGAGCAGGAAUAUGGAUCCAAAGUACUGUUCAUUCCUUGUCCCACAGUAUUACAAAUUGGUCAUCCAAGCUUUACCUUACAUUACCCAGGAGUAGAAGGACAACCAUUUUCAUCGUUUCUCUCAUCGCACACGAAUUAUAGGAACUGGGCACCUUCCGAUGAGCUUGUUGAAAAUAUAUUUCAUGGUUUCGGAAAGCUGUGUUUGAGUACAGGAAAAGUACUGCCUCCAUUCGUGGAGAAGAGAGACCAUGAUGCCGAAACGGAAUGGGUUCCCAACUAUGACCACCAGUAUCAGAGAGAUCAAGAGUUCAUCAUGACCAAUGAAUGUGUGAUGACUGGAUCUUCAGGAGGUUGUGUGUUAUCGAUGGAAUGUCAACACAUGGAUGUUGAAGGUAUUACUCUCAUAGAAUUUCAUGGUAUUCAUUUUGGAGGUGAAUUUGUGAAAUGUAAGAAUUGUUUACGAAUUUCAAAACAAGCGCAAGUAGCAAAAAUCAUUGACAAGACUUCUCAAAAUCCUCAAUCAUGGAAUUUCUGUUCAGAGUGUCAGAAUGGUGUAAAACCAUCGAGUUUGGUUUAUAAUUACGCAGUUUCUGUUCAUCAUCCAUUGUUCAAAGAAAUGUACAAGAAAUUGGUCUUACCAGAGUUGUUGAAAGUGUUGAACAAGACAAUUAAUGAUCCGCUUCUUGUGAGACUGCGUGAAUAUAUACAACAGUGA